AAAACCGUUUCGCGCACCAUAAAAUCGCUUUGGGUUUCCAACGCAAAACCGCCCCGCACUUCUCCGCACCGUUACCAAAUUGAUCCUUCCCGCAAAGCUGCAAUGGAGUUCGCCUCCCGCAGUCGACCCACCACCACAGCAGCCGACGACGAAGAAAACGACUGUCUUCGCCGCUUCCCCGACCAUCCGCCGUCGCAGCCGCAGGGACACGGCGAGCCCAAUACAUCCGGGGUAGACGCUGCACUACUGGCGAGGAGGCAGAAACUGCUGUUGGAGCUGCUCAAGGGAUCCAUCCAACAGGGCUUGAUCUUGCGUGAGCUCGUGGAGACUGAGCACGCCAUGGGCUUUAUUGCCGGCAGCCACAAUCCUGUGCCAGCACUCCCACAGGAUUUCUUGCGUUGCUGGACGCCGUCGAUGUCUACUUUGGAAGCGCAUCUCCGCCAGCCAUGCCCUUGUGGCUGUGGAAACUCCAUGGCGGUCAGGGCACCUCCAGUGAACCCACACUUGGAGCGGUCAUCGCAUGCACCCGAGCAAACAAGGCCAGGCAAUGAUGCUGAGCAGCAUCAAGAGGACAGGUCAUCUGGGGUGAGGACACAUCCAUUUAACGGCCAUUUUAAACUGUGUCAUUCACCGAGCAAGCAGACUCCAGUGCCAGGCAAAGCUGGUGUCAAUCAGAUGCGGCCAUCGUCCGGACACCAACAGGCCAUUGUUUGGGAAAAGAUUGGUGUGGAGGUUGUUCAUAACAUGCAGCCGUUGAACGAAAUCAAGAACCACAGCAGUGAGGGGCAGAAGGCCGUAGACUCUGCCAUUGAGGUUUGUGUAAAGAAACCCAUACAACAGCGUCUUCAGUACAAACCAGUGGAUCAGGAGAAUGCAGCAAACAAUGAGCAUGCACCUGAGCAGACAAGGCAAGGCAAUGAUGCUGAGCAUCAUCAAGAGGGCAGGUCAUCUGGAGUGAGGACACAUCCAUUUAACGGCUACUUUGAACUGUGUCGUUCACCGAGCAAGCAGAUUCCACUGGCAGGCAAAGCUGGUAUCAAUCAGGUGCGUCCAUUGUCAGGACACCAACAGGGUGUUGUUUGGGAAAAGAUUGGUGUGGAGGUAGUUCAUAACAUGCAGCCAUUGCACGAAAUCAAGAAUCCGAGCAGUGAGGGGCGGAAGGCCAUAGACUCUGGCAUUGAGGAUUGUGUAAAGAAACCCAUGCAUCAUCGUCUUCAGUACAAACCAGUGGAUCAGGAGAAUGCAGCAAGUAAUGACCAGAAGAGUACAGAGUUCAACGAGCCAACAGCUGAGGGAACUUCCGCUGGGGUGAAAAGGAAGCUGACCACCCCAAGCUCACCUGUCAAGAAGCAGAAGCCACUCGGGCAAUGGAGCUGCACUAUCUGCCAGGCUAACCCAGCUAGCCAGCGCCAACUUGAGCAACACCUUGCCGGCAAGCGGCACCAGUCAAAUGUCGCAGCACUGCAACCAUCUCAGAGCAACAGCAGCAGCCCUGAGCCUGACACAAAAGCGACGCCCGCGAGGAGCAGGAUCAUCGCGACGAACGCGCAGCAAGACGGCAAGCAGGAUGUGCCGGAGAACAGAUGGACGUGUACACUCUGCCGGGCCAAGUGCUACACUGAAUUGAACUACUACAGCCAUCUCGGGGGCUUGUGGCACCGGGAGAAGGCACAGGCCAGGCGCGAGGAGCACUUGAGGUUCUACUGCUCGGUGUGCGACCUGCAAUGCAACAGCGAGAAAAUGCUGGAGUCACACCUCGGCGGUAGGAGGCAUCGGGAGACUCUGGAGGCGCGCGACUAGGAUGCCGAGGCACGGCUGCAGGCUGACCCGUCCUUGUUCACGGGGAAGCUGUUGUGGCUGGGUUCCGGCGGGUCGAUCUGCCAUUUUGAGGGGCACUACGGUGGUGCACGAAGCUGCUAUCGCUGGUCUGCUGCUGGACUCUGCCUAGUUCGUUGAUUUCUCUCGUUUCGAGCUUUUAGUUUCACGUUGGUAGGUUUUAAUGUUAUGCGACUUUUGAUCUUCGGGCCCAAGACAAAACAGACUUGAAAUGCGUAUGUUUCGAUGUAGU